UUUUAAAUUUUUCCGUUGAAUUUCGUAAAAUCAGACAAUGUACGGAAGUUCUUUUCGAAAAAGAGAGUAAAUGAUGAGUACAUUUGUAAGCAGUGUAGGCAGCUACCUGAGAGACCAUUGUAUGAUGGAGGGCUUCUCAAGGACCAAGAAGUUGAUUACCAAUGGGUUAGAAAUGAGUGGGGAUAUAGGGUGUACGUCCCGGCUUUUAUCCUACCCGACCUCGUCCCUGGCACUUAUUAUACAUUUUCCAGUUAAGAAUAUUCCUCUAACUCUUCUUCUUCUUCGUUUAGAAUUCGUCGUUUUUUUCUUUCUUUCAAUAACGGAAUCAAGAAAAGUUGUAGAACGUUUUUGAACCCGGGCAUUGUAGGCUGGGUGAAGGCUAGUGGAGGCGAUGGCAAUUCAACGGUUGUAUGGGCAAACGUGGGGUCCGGAGGAGGAAGCGUUUGUGGUGCCACAGUGAUUGCCAACCAAGGAUGUUGGAGCUUUCUCAAGGGGGGAUUUUACUUGAACCAAACCCUCAACACAUCUGUCCUUCACUUUGAGGUGCACAAUGAUCCAUAUAUGAUGAAUAUACAAUGUCCCAUAUAUGAUUCUUGACAAGCAACCAAUUAACUUUGUUCUUUUGAACGUUUGUUUGUAGGACUUCAGCGGGAAAAACAUCCACAUAGAUGUUGCGAGUGGUUCGUUGCAACCAUUCUCCGAGGAGGAAUGGGUGGCACACCAACAAGAGAUGAUUGCAAAGGUAAUUAAUGAUUAACCACAUCAGACCCGACCAAACCGUUGCGAAACGUCAACCAAAUAUUUGUCUUUGUGUUGCAGGUGAGGAAACGGGAGACUGUAGUGACAGUAGUAUCAAGUGAGGAGCAAGGAGGAGUUAAACUUCAAGGAGCCAACAUUACAGUUGAGCAAAUCUCUAGAGGAUUUCCCUUUGGAGCUGCCAUUUCUAAAGCCAUCCUUUCAAACCCACAAUAUCAGGAGUGGUUCGUGAGGAAGAGAUUUGGGGUGACGGUGUUCGAGAACGAGCUGAAAUGGCCAGCAACGGAGCCGAUUCAGGGGAAAGUCAACUACACCAUCGCCGACCAAAUGGUAGAUUUCGUGACGAAGAACCAAAUCCUCUGUCGAGGUCACAACGUGCUGUGGCAGGACCCCAAUUUCACGCCGUCGUGGGUUCGCAACCUGACGACGUCGCCGGAUCUACUCCGGCAGGCGGCGGAGUCCCGCGUCCGCAGCGUCGUGGGGCGGUACACGGACAAGUUCAUCCACUGGGACGUCAACAACGAGAUGCUCCACUACGCCUUCUACGAGGAAUCUCUGCGUGAUCCAAACGCGUCCUUGGAAUUCUACAGGAUGGCUCAGGAGAUCGACCCCAACGCCACCCUGUUCCUCAACGAUUUCAAGCUUGUCGAGUCAUGUGGCCACCGGAGCAACGUCGACGCUUACGCCGCCAAAAUCAAUGAGUUCCGGCGGGGCGGGAUCCGGAAUCUAGGGAUGGGAUUGGAGGGGCACUUCUUCGAUUCCGCGAAUCCGGUCUACACCAGAUCCGUUCUCGACAAAUUGGCAACCCUAGGAGUCCCCGUCUGGAUCACGGAGGCCGACACCACCGGGAAAUACGGGCCGGCGAGCCAGGCGGCGGAUCUGGAGAAGGUCUUGAGGGAGCUCUUCUCGCACCCCAGCGUGGACGGAAUCAUACUCUGCGUGGCGAUGAGCCCCGCCGGGACGUGCUGGCAGAUGUGCCUCACCGACGAGAACUUCAACAACACGCUCGCGGGAGACGUCGUCGACAGGCUCCUUGGUGAGUGGUACACCGGCACGCUCGCCGGCGUCACAGACGGGGACGGCGUUUUUAGCUUCUCCGGCUUCUUGGGAACGUAUAAAGUGACGAUCGAACAUCCCUCCGGUAAUUCAUCUGGAACUGUAAUUUCGCUCACCAAAGGUGAGGAUCCUCUCCAUUUCCAAAUCCAGAUCUGAUAGAUUCAAACUGUAUUAUUCUUUAAUCUACAAUGGAAUAAUUUAAAGAAGAGAUUGAACUCUUUACAUUCAAAUCAAUCAUUUACAUUUCG